AAAACUUAUAAGAGGUUUUGUGUAAAACUUAUAAGAAGUUUUGUGUGUAAAAGGAUCUCACCUCAUAUAUAUAUUAUUAGGGCUCAUUUACAUAUUAUAUUUAUACAAAAUUUUAACUAUUUAUCACUCUACUUUAAAUUGUUAAGAUUUAUUUAUAUUUAUUAAAAAUAAUAAUGAUGUUUUUAUGUAAUUUCUUUGGAUUAAAUACUCUUCCUCUCCUCCAAUGAAUUAGAUCUACCUUUUAACUAAUUUGUUAUGUUUUGGUUUCUAUUUUACAUGUAAUGAAAUCUUUGAAAAAGACAGGAAGAUACUGAAGGGCGUGCAGCCUGUGAAGAAGCCUUUCGCCUGACACACAUCCUUUCUUUUCGUCAACUUGCAUUCUCAACCUUUCUUCAAAACUCUCGAAUUGAUAAAAAAAACAAUAGUUCGAUGCCAAAAGAAGCUAGAGUAUACUGAAGCGUGCAGUUGGUGAAGAAGCCUUUCGCCUAGCCCAGCAUUUCUUUUCGUCAUUUGGAGAAAGGACAAUACACAAAAGCAAGGAACUCUCUAAUGGACGGCAUAGGACCAGUGAUGGCUAUUGGGAAGGAUGUUGCACCUACAGUUAAGAAAUAUGUCAAGUAUCAAAUAUGUCACAAUACUUAUGUCAAUGAAUUCAAAGAAAUGCAAACAAAGCUGAAGCGUCGAGGGAAAGACGUUGCGGAUGAACUGCAUACUCAGCUUCGGCCGCGUGGGAAGAUUGCAAAGCAAGAAGUUGAAGCCUGGCUAAAGGAUGCAGAACAAGCAACUGCAGAAAAGGUGGUUGAAGAUCUAAUCUGCAAAGGGGGCUGUUUCACAUAUAUUUGCUCAUCAAGAAAGCUCGAUAAGAAGACUCAAUCACUGAAUGAACGAAUAUUUAUGCAAGGAGAAAAAUACACAGAUGCUGGUGCGAUUUUGGUCGUAGAUGAUCACUCAAUCAAAGGAUUUCCAUUCCUUGUUGACAAUUGUAGUGGCAGGAAUGAUAUAAUAGAUCAAAUUCUGACAUGGUUGAAGGGAGACGAGGUUACAAGAAUUGUUGUUUCGGGAAGGGGCGGUGUAGGCAAGACAACAAUUAUGAAGCAUGUCCACAACCAACUCUUGAAAGAACCCAAAUUUAGCAAAGUUAUUUGGGUAGAAGGGUCAAAAGACAUUGACAUUAUUGUUCAGCAUAAAAAGAAGUUUGAUAUUCUCAAGUUUCAAAAAAUGAUUGCAAGUAGCUUAGGAUUAGAGCCAAAGGAUAAUGAGAAUGAAACUGACCUUGCAAAAUUGAUUGCACAAAAGUUGCAGCAGGGCAGCUUCUUGCUAAUUGUGGAUGAUGUGAGGGAGCCUUUCUCUUUAAACGAGGUUGGAAUUCCUAAUCUAGCUGGAAAUAAUGGUUGCAAGUUAGUGCUCACGACACGGUUACAAAAUAUUGCUCGUGAAAUGGAUUGUCAGGCUUGUCAGGCGAUCGAGGUGGAUCCUCUUCCAGAUAAGGAAGCAUCAGCAUUAUUCUUGGAGAAAGUUGGUAGUGAUGUGUUUUCAAAUGAUGGCAAAAGUAAAAGAGAGAUAGAGCCAAUUUUGAAGCAAAUUUUGCAGAAAUGUAAGGGACUGCCCCUUGCUAUUGUAACAGUUGCAAUAUCAAUGAAAGGAAAAUCACUUCCUCGCCACUGGAAGUUGGCACUUCUUGAAUUUGGUGAAUCUGAAAGCAUUGUUAAUUGUUUGAAAGUCAGUUAUGAACGCAUGGAAUUAUUACCACACCAGCAAUGUUUUCUAUGCUGUGCAUUGUAUCCUGAAGAUUAUGAAAUCUCAAAGGAGGAGUUAAUUGAGUAUUGGAUUGAGGAGGAGCUUAUAUAUAAAGAAGAGUAUACUAGGGAGGCCAUGAAUUGGAAAGGUCAGGAGAUACUCGAUAAGUUGGUUGAAAACUACUUGUUGGAAUUGGGUAAAAAAGAAAGUUCUGUGAGCAUGCAUUGUCUUGUCCGAGACAUGGCAUUGAAAAUCAACCCUGAAUUCUUGGUGAAAUCUGGCAUGGCCUUGGAAAAGUUACCAGAGGAGUGUGACUGGAGAGAAGAUCUUUUGAAGGUUUCUUUAAUGAGAAAUAACAUAACAGAAAUUCCUUCAAGCGUGCCAUCUCCAAAGUGUCCUAGGCUCACAACCUUGCUGUUGUCCUAUAACAAAAUUUCAACAAUUCCAGAAGCUUUUUUUCAGCAUAUGCUUGAGCUCAAGAUUCUUGAUCUUUCUUACAAUCCUGAGCUAAGUAGGCUACCGAGUUCUAUGUCCAAAUUGAAGAAGCUUACUACAUUAUUGCUGAGGGAUUGUGAGUCCUUAAGAGAGGUACCGUCUUUAUCCAACCUUGUAGGCUUAAAAAAGUUGGACCUUUCCUGGACAUCAAUUGAAGACCUGCCCCAAGGCCUCAACAUGUUAACAAAUCUAAAAUAUCUUGGUCUUGGUGGAAGAUUAUCAGAAACACUUGAUGCACUGCUACAAAAUCUCUCCAAACUUCAACAUUUAAUAGUAAAUACCAAAACAAAAUUCCAAUGGGAGAUGAUUGGAAGUUGGGGGAAACUUCAAAACCUUGAGAAGCUAGAUCUUUGGAAUUUGGAUAACUUGAAUGCGGUGUUUGGGGAAAUAGGAUCGAUUGCUCAAUCAGCACUGCUACCAACCGGCACAUUUUCCUCCCUUCAAUAUAUUAGUGUUUUUUAUUGUGAUAAAAUAAAAAGGUUAUUCUCAGUUAGGUGGUUGAAGUAUCUUCAGGAACUACAGACUAUUGAUGUUGGUUAUUGCAAGCAAUUAGAGGAGCUAAUAGGGUCUGAAUCUGAAGAAGGAGAACAAGUCACCCUACCCAAGUUAGAAAGCUUGAAAUUGACCCAAUUACCCCAGUUGAAGAGCAUCUACAGUCGUUCUUUGAUUUGUAAUUCCAUCAACAAGAUUGAAAUUUUUCAUUGCAAAAAUAUGGAGAGUAUUUUUUGUUCAGGGUUCAACCCACUUCCAAAUCUUGAAUAUCUACACCUUUCCUACUUAGAGAAUCUGAAAUCCGUGUUUGAUGAAGAAGGUCUUGGUUCACUUGAACCUCCCACAAGCUUCUCUCUUAAAGAAAUUAGUGUUUAUAUGUGUAAUAAGUUAAAGAAGGUAUUCUCAUCUGGAUGGCUACUCAGCUACUUCGAAUCUAUACAGACUAUUCAGGUUCAACUAUGUUCACAAAUGGAGGAGCUGAUAUCUUCAUCGGCACAUGAAGAAGGAAAAGUCACUCUACCUAAGUUAGAAAGGUUGGGAUUGACAAGAUUGCCCGCAUUGAAGAGCAUCUGCAGCGACUCUAGUUUCUUGAUUUGUAAUUCCAUCCAAAGUCUGAGGAUUUCUUCCUGUGAGAAGCUAAAGAGGAUUCCUUUGAAUUUUCCCUUGCUUAAUAAUGGCCAAUCAUCUUGUCAUCCUUCCCUCAAAGAAAUUGUGGUACUCCCAGAAGGAUGCUGGGAUUCAUUGGAAUGGGAUGAUCCCAAUGCAAAAAACAUCUUUUUACAAUUCUGUGAAUAUCAGAAGAAAUUGUAGUAGGGCACACUGCAAAGGUAAGCCUUUUAUCUUCAAUUUUCUAUUUCUAAUUCAACUCAGUAAGAGUUUUUAUCUUUAUGCUUCCUUUUCCCAUUCUUUCUAUCUUAAUAAGUCUUUCUCUCUCAUUUAUUCUUUUCUCCCCCAUAGGCAGCAAAAUUGGAAUUCAGCUCUCUAACCACAAGAAAGUCGGAGGAAAUCACAUUUGCAUUUGUUGUUGUUGCCGUCGAUUUUCAAUUUAUCAUAAACUUACUAUUCUUCAUUUUUCUUUUUUUGUGUAUGUAUUGUAUGUCUAAAUAUGUCAAAUUCUAAGUGGAAAACUGGAAAAGUUUGUUUCUUUAUUAUCUGUGUAAUGUUGACUUUGAAACUGUGGUAAAAAGACUUGAAAUUGUAUUUGCUUUUAUUGUGUAAUAUGUAUUUCAAUUUAUUGCAUUU